CUUUUUGAAGUUUACUAUUUUGACAUUGGUUUCGAGUUUUGUAAAUGUAAAAUUCGCGCUCUUUUACCUUCCAUGUUUUUAUUAUUUCUCAUUUUGUUUUCUUAGAUGCAUAAAGCAAUAAUAAAGAAUUUAAGUUCAUCAAUUAUAUGUAUAGCUUAGAGUAAAAGUUUAAAUAGUAUAAUGAGUGACGAGGAUGUAACUAUUAUGGAAGUCGAUGAGGUGGACCCAAAACCUAGCAAGGUACCUGGUCCAAGCAAAUCGACUUCCAAUUUACCGUGGAUAGAGAAAUAUCGACCACAGAAAUUUACAGACAUCGUAGGCAACGAGGAUACAGUAUCGAGGUUGUCGGUUUUUGCACGCACCGGCAAUGCUCCUAAUAUUAUUAUCGCUGGUCCACCUGGAGUCGGCAAAACAACUACAAUUCUUUGUUUGGCGCGAGCACUCCUCGGCUCUUCUUUUAAAGACGCUGUGCUUGAGCUUAAUGCUUCCAACGAUCGUGGAAUUGAUGUUGUGCGUAACAAGAUUAAAAUGUUUGCCCAGCAAAAGGUAACACUGCCACCCGGAAGACACAAGAUAGUGAUUCUAGAUGAAGCAGACAGCAUGACUGAUGGUGCACAGCAGGCCUUACGCCGGACCAUGGAACUUUAUUCAAGCACAACUCGAUUUGCACUUGCUGCAAAUAACAGUGAGAAAAUCAUAGAGCCUAUACAGUCUCGCUGUGCUGUCCUGCGUUAUACCAAGCUUACUGAUGCUCAGAUUAUGGCCAAGGUGAUAGAGGUGUGCGAAAAGGAACAGCUGUCGUACACGGAGGAGGGCGUGAACGCGGUCGUGUUCACCGCGCAGGGCGACCUGCGCGCCGCACUCAACAACCUGCAGGCCACGGCGCAGGGCUUCGCGCACGUCAGCCCCGACCACGUGUUCAAAGUGUGCGACGAGCCGCAUCCCAUGCUCGUGCGCGGCAUGCUCGAGGCUUGCAUCCGGCAGGACAUUCACGAGGCUUACAAGGUGAUCGCUAAAUUGUGCAAGCUGGGCUACGCGGCGGAGGACAUCGUGAGCAACGUGUUCCGCGUGUGCAAGACGCUGGACGCGGACGAGGAGCUGCGCCUCGGCCUCGUGCGCGAGGUGGGCCGCACGCACCUGCGCGUGGCGGACGGGCUGGCGUCGCCGCUGCAGCUGGCGGCGCUGCUGGCGCGCAUGUGUCGCGUGGCCGCACGCGCGCCCGCCGACUGGUAGCCGACUGGUAGCCGAGCGGCAGUUUUUUUAAAUAUUUUGUACACUCAAGUUAUUUCUUAUUGGCUCAAAGGCGAAAUAUUGAUUUCAUUUUAUAUUAUAGUAUCAAUAUUCAAUCCAGUAUUUCCAUUAGGCUAUAUGACAUUUUUUGCAAAAAUGUUCAUAAAUUAUUAAAUUUGUUUUAUUUAAAUUCAUCUAUAUUGGUCCCAUAAGCCAAAAU